AUAGCGCCGCGGGCAGCGGUUGGCGGCUGGGACGGCACGGACGGGGGAGUUAUGGCGGCACGGCAGCUCGUGGUCCUGGCGCUGGCGCUGCUCAGCGCCGAGGGCGACUCUGGAGCAGGGAGCGGGAUCUGGACAUCUGUAGAUGAUAUCGGCUCCAAAACACGCCUUACCUGUGCCUUGAACCACAGCACCACUGAGAUUGUCGGCCACCGCUGGGUGAAGGGGGGCAAGGUGCUGAAGGAGGAUGCGCUGCCUGACCUGAAGACGGAGUACGAGGUGGACCUGGACGCCCGCUCCGGCGAGUACUCCUGCAUCUUCCUCCCCGAGCACGCAGGCAAGACCAGCAUCGAAGUGAAGGGGCUCCCCAACAUCAAGGCCGUGAAGAAGUCUGAGCACGCCACUGAGAGGGAGUCCGUAGUGCUGGGCUGCAAGUCGGACUCCUUCCCUCCGGUCAGCGACUGGGUGUGGUACAGGGAGGACAGCUCCGGUGAACAGGUCAUCAGCAACAGCUCCCAGAACAAGGUCUUCGUGGUGUCCUCGGAGACCAAGACCGAGCUGCACAUCUUCAACCUGGACCUGGAGACGCACCCCGGCAAGUACAUCUGCAACGGCACCAACUCCGAGGGCACCAGCCAGGCCGUCAUCGUGCUGCGCGUGCGAAACCGCUUCGCUGCCCUCUGGCCGUUCCUGGGCAUCGUGGCCGAGGUGCUGGUGCUGGUCACGGUGAUCUUCGUCUACGAGAAGCGUCGGAAGCCGGACGAGGUCCUGGACGAUGAGGACACGGGCUCUGCUCCUCUGAAGAGCAGUGGACACACCAACGACAAAGGCAAGAACAUUCGCCAAAGGAACGCCAACUGAGGCCUCCAGCCUCUGUCCGGAGCAGCUCAGCGUCUGCUGGUGGCAGAGUCCACGUCCUUUCCUGCAAAAGCAGACCACACCGUGGGUCACGUCAAAUUUUUUUCCUUUUUUUUAAACUAAACUAGGGUUUUCUACAUAUAGGAUUCUGUUUGUUAGAAGUUUUGUUUUUCCUUUGUAAACACCUUGUGAGCGCCUUGGGGAAGCCAUGAGCUUCCUGUGAGACUCCCACGUCCUCUGUCCCCUCGCUGCCCCCCAUCUGUCCCUGCCAUCCCCCCAACACAUCCCCUUGUCAUCCCAGCCCAUCAUUGGGGUUGUGAAGGGCAGACUGACCUUUUCCUGGGGCUCUGCCUCCUGAGGGUGCUGGGCCUCUUUGGGACCCUUUGCGGAAGGUCAGGGGUUGUGCGAGUGGCCGGCCUGCCUGCCUGCGGUCCGUGCUGACGGGUUGCUUCCAGUCUGCUGCUGUGUGUCGGGAUGGCUCAGGCCCUGCCUGCCCCUUACCACCCCUGCUGUCCACACGCCCGGCUGCGGAGGAGCCGCGGGCCCCCGCCCAGCGUCGCAAUCCACCCGCCACCUGCCUGCUCACCAAUAAAGGCUGACCCGUCACCUCUCCA